CGCGCCACUUGUUACCACUAGGUGGCGCGUGCUGCCCGGGCACGAACUCACCCCUUUGCACUGUCUCCCCCAAGCUUCCUUUCACUUUCGGUCUUUGGCUGUCACCCAGCUUGGUCGUUCCACACCCAGCUGGGGCAAGCCUGACCCUGCCACAGGCAUGAGGGGUCCCCGGCCGAGAUGACAGUGCUGGCGCCAGCCUGGAACCCAAACCCCUCGCUGCUGCUGCUGCUGCUGCUGCUGAGUCCUUGCCUGCGGGGGACACCUGACUGCUACUUCAGCCACAGCCCCAUCUCCUCCAACUUUCACUUGAGGAUCCGCGAGUUGACUGACUACUUGCUUAAAGAUUACCCAGUCACGGUGGCCAUCAAUCUUCAGGACGAGAAACACUGCAAGGCCUUAUGGAGCCUCUUCCUGGCCCAGCGCUGGAUGGAGCGCCUGAAGGUUGUGGCAGGGUCUGAAAUGCAAAAACUCCUGGAGGUUGUCAACACGGAGAUACAUUUCGUCACCUCGUGUGCCUUCCGGCCUCUCCCAGAAUGCCUUCGCUUCGUCCAGACCAACAUCUCCCACCUCCUGCAGGACACCUGCAUGCAGCUGUUGGCCCUGAAGCCUUGUAUGGGGAAGGCUUGCCAGAAUUUCUCUCGGUGCCUGGAGGUGCAGUGCCAGCCGGACCCCUCUACCCUGCUGCCCCCACGGAGUCCUGGAGCCCUAGAAGCCUCAGACCUUCCAGAGUCUCGGCCCAGCCGGCUGCUCCUGCUCCUGCUGCUGCCUCUCACGCUUGUGGCUCUGGCAGCUGCCUGGGGCCUUCGCUGGCAGAGAGCGAGGAGGAGGGCUGUGCUCCGACCCGGGGUGCCCCUCACCUCCCACCCCUAGGAUGUGACACUUGGGCAGCGUUGACCCAGCCAGGGUCUUAUCUAGAGGAGGGCACCGAGGCCAAGCAGGAGUCACCUGACAGACGUUGCACAACCUGGACACACGGAAAACUGGGAGGAGGCUGGCCCCUCUUGGACCUCGCUGCCCCUCCAGCCGUCCCCCCAGGAUGGAGCGGACGUCAGAGCCCCGCCCCGCCCACCCAACUCUACAGAGUCCCUGCUCCCAUGGAUUUGUAUAUAAGUGUAUAAAUGUUUUUACCAGCUC